UUUCCGGGUUAAAGGCAGCUUAUUCUGUUGCUGUAUUGAAGUCGCGAGGCGAUGACAGUCAACUGUACAAUUUCUUGAAUGCAGACAAGACGAACAUCCUUCAUAUGAAAUAUAUUUUAUCGUCAUUACUUACUAGCUAGUAGUUGUGUAAUAAAAUCGUGUGUGCGAGACUGGUGUUUUGGUUUACGUAUCCUCUAGUUUUGGUAGGAACGUGCGCUGGGGUGAAGAGAAUGUCGAGGCCACGGUCGGGAUCGCCCAACUAUUCUCACAGAGGUAGCCCGCGGAGGCAGUAUGGCCGGAGGUUCCCCUGGGACGACCCAGACUUCAACCCCCAGCAGGUGCUGGCUGACCUGGGCAGGCUGCCUGGGGAGGAUCAGUGGGCUCGCUUCAUGGACGAGAUCCACCCAGAUGGCCCAGAGGGCCACAGAAGUCCCAUGUCCCCAGACAACCUUCGCCCAGAGGGCCACAGAAGACCUCUCUCCCCAGGCCUUCACAGGCCUGACCACCACCUCCCCCCAGAGGAAUUCCACCAUCGCAGGACCCCACCGGCACCUCACGAGCUGGGCUACGCCGAGCGCAGGAGGCUCUCCCCCCAUGAUGGAGGAGGGGGUGGCAGGGGAAAAGGAAGCGGGAGAGAAGGGCUGCCCCACUCCCCUCAGAGGCUACCCAGAGAGAGGCUGCCAUCGCUGGCCCCGCAGCACCCUCAAUACAGUCCUGACCACCACCAGAGAGCGCCCUCUGCAGGCUGGAGAAGAGAAGAGCAGGACCAGAGCCAGGGGAGGUCCAGGGACCGCAGCCCCAGGGAGAGGGUUCAGGGUGGGGAGAGGAGGGGUGGAGAUUUUCCAGGUCCCUAUGGAGACAGGAGGAGAGACAACAUGCAUAAAGAGAGGAGCACCAUCUCUGACCGGAACUGGAAGGAAACUGAUGAAGCGGUGCAUCCUGGGUACGGGAAGGAGGCAGACUUUAGGGUGCGCCGCCCCUCGUUGGAGAGGCCCCGAGAAGGGUACGGAGGAGGAGGGCCACGGGGGCGCAGGGGCACCUCAGGGAGCCACGAUGGCCGGGGUCCUGGAACCCUCAUCGUGGAGCAUGACCAUGGUAUUAUAAACAGCAGCGGGCCAGAACUGUACGACAACCACAGGGACCGUGGCCCCGACCGGAGCCCAAGCCACGACCGAUUCAGUCACCAUCACCACCGGGUCGGAGCCACUGAGGAGCGGUUCAGGAAGUCAGGUAGCAGGUCCAAUACCAGAGAGGAGGCCAGGGGCCGGCUUGUCCAUGAUGAGAGGAACGGCCCUGUCCAUAAAGAGAGGAGAGGCCCUGUCCAUAAAGAGAGGAGAGGCCCUGUCCAUGAUGAGAGGAGAGGCCCUGUCCAUGAUGAGAGGAGAGGGCCUGUCCAUGAUGAGAGGAGAGGGCCUGUCCAUGAUGAGAGGAGAGGGCCUGUACAUGAGUCCAGAAGAAGCCCUGACCGUCAUGGGAGAGCCAGCCCCAUGGGCUUCCAGGAUAGAGGUAGUGCCACGGAGCCCAGGGCCAGAAACAGUGUAUUCCGUGGGGCGAGGGGGGCCCCAGCCCAGGGUGGCAAGAGACAGAUGGGGCCCUCCAUGAACCAGCCCCGGCCUCUCCUUCAGGGAACGCAGGGGUACCGACCCCGGGAUGCCAACCCCCAGCACUCCCCUCCGGAGCACCAGGGGUACCAACCCAGGGGAGGCGACUGGGACAUGGAGCCCAGAGAGGAGGAGCCCGGCUGGGCAGAGGUGAGUGACAUGGAGCCCCGCUGGGAGCAGGACCGGGGACCAGGGCCGCGAGGAGGCCGACCGCCAGCACAGGGCAGGAUGGGACCUAGGAAACCUCAGCAUAGAGAUCUCAACCCCAACUGGAACCAACAGCAGAAUGAUAUGGCAAUGCCUCGCAUGGGCGCCGGUGAGGAAGAGACGCUCACCAUCAAGGUGGACAUGAACCGGCCUGUGGGCCAGAACAGCCAGCUGUGCUACUCCUCCGACCGUCAGCUGUCGCUGGAUCUGGUCAACGUGGGCCGCCAGCGCCUAGACUUUCUGCCCAUGCUAGAGCAUUCUGGGACGUACCGGGAGUCCGCAAUGCACUCUGGGACUUUCGCCCAGGAGAUCAUCACCCUGGUGCACCAGGUCAAAGAGCAUUACUUUAGGGGUGAUGGCGUGACGCUGAACGAGCGUUUCUCUGGCCCCCAAGAUGGAGGUCUGCCUGAGGAGGAAGAGCAGGAGGAAGAGAGGCCAACUCUGAACAGGCUGUUCAAUAUGAGAAUGUCAGAGCCUGAUAUGGAACCUGUCUUCUCUAAAGUUGGCCGCAUGCAGAGGCAGCAGCAGGCGGUGAGAGAUCCCGGAGACCUGAGACAUGACCUGGAGAGGAGGAGACAGGAGAGGCUGGAGGGAGUGAAGGUCACCAUACCUGGAGGCAGGCUCUCACAGCGCCCCCUGGCUGCCGGGAGUGACCAUCAGGGGGAGUAUGGUAGUGAGGAAGACGAGGUUCAAGAGGAACAGGAGGGCUUCUAUUCAGGCCGUUCAGGCCCACCACAGAGAGGGGGGAGGUGGCCCAGAGACAUGGGGGGUCAGAGGAGAGGGGGCAUGGUUAGACAAGACAUGGGCGGCCAGCGAAGGAACAACUGGCCUCCUAAUAGCCCCGGCAACCGGCCUGGACCAAUGAGACAACAGAACCGCAAUAUUAACGGUGCCAGCUGGUGAAUGGACGCUUGGAGCGAUCCAAAUGGAGUCAGUGGUUAUGUGAGAUCAGGCCGGAAGUUAACUGUUGAUAGGCUGUAUAUAAUAUAGAACACACCGCUGCAGACUGACCACAGCCUGAACCACGACCACCUGACCUACUGACACUCUCUGUACCACUCUGUCAAUGUAAAGCCCAUGCAAUGUAGCUACUCUCCUGACAGAGAGAGUAGUGUUGUGGGGAAGUAAGAUGGCCGACUGAUAUUUCAAGAUGCACAAUGCAGAAAUCGCUCGGCCAUUUCCUGGUUGCAAAAAUUCUAAAAGUUUGCCUAAUUUCAGUUUGUUACAAAACAAGCAAGUAUUGUGUAGAGCAGGGGUAGGCAACCCUGUUCCUGGAGUCCCGCAGGUACUGCAGGAUUUUGUUCCAACUAGGCACCACACCUGACCAACUGACAGGGCUGGCAGCAGAAGGAAUCAGUUGGCUGGGCCUUUGAUAUCCAUAGGAGGGCACAUUUUUUUCACGGGACCACCUAUAUGUGCUUGAGCUUGGGAGUUCACUUUUUUUUCAGACUGGUGUAAUAGUAAAGACCAUAGGCAGCUCGUGAGUUUCAAGUUUGUGGACGUUUACAAUUUAUCCUACCAUUUCUACUGAUCUUAGUGCGAGUUAUGAUUUGUUUUAAAUGUGCAUUUUUGUGGAACAGUUAUAUUUAAAUAACGUUUUCGUUUCUCAAAGUAAUUGUCACGUGGUUAUUCAAACAUUUUUGAAGUAAAAUGAUAAAAAAAUCUACAAGUUAAAAUUAAACUAUGGCGAGAGCGCCAGCCACUGCCAUAUGGACACAUUGAUACACUGUGAUCCAUUGGCGGCCAUAAGAAAUGAGCUCAUAGAACUCAGAGAUGGCCUAUAGGCCAAUGCAGCGGUAGGCCUGUAACAUCCAUCGUCAACUAAGUAAAAUACAUAGUCCUAAAGCUGACAAAUAGAAACAGUAGAAAAUAUCCUGAUGUACAUUCCGGUUCUUUCAAUCACAUUCAUCUCUCUUCUCCGCCUGUCUGCCUCCCUUUCUAUCUGUCUUGACUUGAGCUAUUGCUAGUGAAGUGUGUCGUAGUAAAUAUAUUAUGUUAUAGCUUGGUCUGACUAAAAUCUUGUGCAUGACCCAUCUUGUGUGGGGCCUUUG